AUGGAGGAGGAAGGCGCGACGAGUGGUCGCGGGAAGGACGUACCUUCCAGCAGGAGUGAGAAAGCCGAAAGUGGGCACGACUCGGAGCCGCAAGGCGGAAUCCAGCUCACCGAGGAGCGGCGCGGCUGUCCAGACUGCUCUGAGAGACAGGCGCGAGCCCGCGGAAGGAGCAGGAAGCGAAAUCGGAGAGGCGCAGCAGCCCUGAGCCCUGAAAGUUCAGCGAGUGAGGGGGAAGAACGGAGGAGGACGAGGAAGGGAGAACGAAGGCGAGGGGAGAAGACCAGACGCGGACACCCAGACGCCGUCGUCAUCAGCGACGAAGAGGAGGAUGAACAGCUGCAGCUGGCUCUCGCGCUCUCUGCUUCUAUGCAGGAUAGCUGUGAAGGGGCUCCAAAUCUCACAGCUGACCGUGCGAGAGACGCAGUCGACAUCGGCGAUGCGGAAGGUGUAGAAAGCACGGGCGUCGCUGGGACAGAAAGGCGCUGUAAGGGCGCGGACAUCACCGACGCAGAGCGGAGCGCGUCGGCGUCAUGCAGCGGCGAGCCAUGUCGCGGAGACGUCCUUGGCAAGCUACAUGAUCCCAGACUCCCGGCGGAGAGCGACGGCAGCGCCGCACACAUAGAAGGGGAAGCAGACGAAGUGGACGAAGAGCCGGGAUGGGACUGGCGACGCAGGCGAGGGGAGGAAGAAGCGAGGCGGAGGAGAGAGAGUCGGGCGGAGAAAGGUAAAAAAGAAAACAUCUGCAGUCGCGGCGAGGCGCUGAGUGAUGACGGGAGAUGUGUGCAGACUGCAAGGGGCGAACGACGGCGAGACAAAGAGUCGCGCGAGACUCCUUUGAAGUCGCGUCAGAGCAGCUCGAAGAUCGCCGCCGAGAGUGGAGACAGGCAGACCGACCGCCUCUCUAAUGGAAGCGAAGGCGCCUUGUUGAUGAAGACUGAUUUCAGCAAUGACCUGAAGAUGUUGGAGCAGGAAGUUGAGGACGACGAAAAUGAGGACCUCCAGUUGGCUCUUGCUCUCUCCAUGUCCGAGCAGCACGACGCCUACAACGAGUGCCGAGAACAAUUCCACACUGCCUCAUCGUCCGACAAGAAUGCAGAAGCGACUUCUUGCGCUUUGCUCCAGUCGGCGUCAUCCUCGGCGUCCUCCGGGGCACCGCGCAACGCUCACGGCAGUGCUGGACGUGAUGUUAGUCACCGCACCGAGUUUUUUCAUUCCUCAUCCUCGUCAUCCGCGGCUGCCCCUGCGCGUCGUUUUUCUCCGAAAGGCGAGCCAGCCGAAGCGAGCCUUUCCGCAGGGUCGUCUCCCAAAAACACGGAAGUCUGCGCAUUCGGCGGGCUGUCGCACCGGGGUGCCACGAAAGGGAAUGACGAGGCGCACUCGUCUGCUGUUGUUUCUUCCGCGGGCUCUGCGUCCGCUCUCGCGAACCAGAAGAAGAUCUCUGGAGAGAGCGAUGACGGCGGGUUCUCUGCUGGGGAAGCGAGGCUGCAGCGUGUGCGGGGAGAGGAAGCAGAAAUAGGGGAUGAGCAGGAGGGAAGGGCGGACAGGACGAGAGGCCUCAGGAGUCCGGAAGAGACUGUGACGGAGACAGCGGAAUCGAAGCAAAGACAGGAAAGACUAAUGGGCGAGGCGAGCACGGAAGGCGGAGACCUCCUUCGUAAGUGUAGUACGAACAACGUGGGCAUCCGAGGGAAGCCGGUCACCGAAGGAAAAGGAGACGAAACGAACGUGCAAGCCCAGAGAGGCGGCAUCCCCCCGCGGGCUCUCCAGCUCAGUGCGUGCGACGAUGGAGUGAUGUUCAUCUCUUCGCCGUCGCCAUCCGAUGCUGCGGACUCCGAUUUCGAGCCCGAGAGCGGGAGGCGGAAGCGGAAGAGGCGGGCGAAGAAGCGGAACGGAGAGGAUGGAGUAGGAGGGAAAGAGAACCAAGCGAGUUCCGAGGAAGUAAGUGACAGUCCCUGUUCGUCGCUGGAGCAAGAAAGUUUUUCGAGCUCCCCAGCGUCCAGCGACCUCGAGCCUGAGCGCCGCGCAACCAAAGGGCGGCGGCGAAAGAGAGGAGGCAGAACGGCGAGCAGGCCUUCGGCAAAGUCUUCGGGGUCGCGACGCACACAAACUGGCAAUUGCGUGAAGAAAGGCGAGGCGAGAGAUGGGCGGGAGUCUGCGAUGACGGUCUCGGCCGCGCAACCUGUGUGCAGAGGCGAGAGCGGCGCUGAUGAGUCGACGCGCGGGAGUCAGCGAGACCGACACGAAACGCGCGAAGUGGUCCGACAAAAGAAGGCGCUGCUGAAGAGUCAGCAGCGAGCCGUGGAGCGCGAGGCGGCCUCAACAGCAGUUCGUCUCUGGAAGCGGGAAAAAUUGCAAGACGCAUGCGUCUACAUCUGGCAGGUGCUAACGCGCGCUGUCGCGUCGCCGGCGUCCUCUUCAUCUUUCGGUGAGAACGGAGACGAACGAGGGGGAAGAGCCACAGGUGGGAGAGGAAGGGUCCGUGACCGUCCGGGAGGAGGAAAGCUCGCAGAGCUUCUUCAGCAGGCCCAGCGAGAAGAGCAAGCGAAGCUCCAGCCUUCUCGCCCUCCUUCCUCGGCGGCUGUUGGGACUUCUGUCAGCGAAGGAGCACAAGAGAUGGAAGGGUCGUCUGCAGGGAACGGCAACCGUUGCGCUGCACCAUUACCCUCCUCGACGGUCUCCGAACGCAGUCAUCGUCAUCUGGCCGAUGACGAGGCGGCAAGGAGGGCUGUAGACGGUCGUCAGGCAUCUCAAAGGGCCUCUCCGCAGUCGAGUAAGGGGGGGGAUAGCUGCGCAGCGUACGCGAAGCCGUUUGUGACUGUUUCUGAUAUAGCUGAGGUUGCUAGAGCGAUCAGUCUUGCUUUGUCCGACGAUGAGAUUCAGCACAUGAUUUCGCUUGCAGCGCGAGAAGGGUCGCCCGUUCUGAGUACGGAAGAGAGCCACAUCAACGACGCACGAGGGAGAGGAAGAAAAAGAGAUGACGACGCCGAGCGUGCGCAUGCCAGAAAGAUGAAGACUCUUGCUUUGUAUACGGGCAGCAAAGCGUUCCUCGCGUAUGAUGAGUUUGAGAGAUUCUUCCACAGAAGCCUUGGACUGAAAGUGGAGAAAAACGGGAAAGUUUGGUGA